AUGCGCUUCUCGCGCAGCUCGUACAGAUUGGACUCGGCAACCUCGCUGAGGCAGGCUCCACCCCCGCAGACCCAGCAUCAACAUGGUCGCCGCCCUGCACAUACCAUUUGGAUCCAAACGAUCGCAUAUGCAAGCUUGACUAUGAGUUUGCUCGCUGCAUUCGGGGCCGUACUGGGCAAGCAGUGGCUUGGGUACUACAAGACGAACAGAUAUGGCCGCGGCUCACAAGAGGAACGAGCAAAACACAGACAGGAGAAAUUCGAAGGCCUCGUUACUUGGUAUUUUGAUGCUGUCGUGCAAUCCUUUCCCGUCUUACUUCAGAUCUCCCUUCUUCUCUUUGGGAUUGCCCUCGGCUCCAAUCUGUGGUACGAGCAGCCGAGCAUCGCCUGGGUCAUCAUUGCAGCGACGGCCUUCGGAUUUUUGUUCUAUUCCCUGACUGUAAUGGCAUGCUUGAUAUCUCCCCCUUGUCCAUUCCAGACACCGAUAUCGAGGAUAUUGUGCAUCUUACGUAUCGACAGUAGGAACAUUUUUUUUUCUGAAUUCUGGUGGUCGUUUCCUUUCUAA